GGUCUUCUAGGGUUCUUCCGCUCUUUACGCCUGUUAAAGCUGAAUUGGAGCGUUUCGUGAAUGGCGCUGGAUUGGAGCUGAAGCAAAGCGCCAGCACCUGGCGGGAAUUGGUGGCUUCACUACAGCCAUGACCACGCCGAAGGCCCGACUUAAUCAGCUCUAUAGUGCCUCCGAUGGGCAACCGCGGUAUUUUACGUUAUCUGGGAGGCCUCCUGGUUGUCCAGCGCCGAAGCUACAGUCUGGAUCCACAUUCUACUGCAAAGUGGAGCUUCCAAAUGGAGCAGUCGUCGUCUCGGAGCCUUGUAGGCGAAAGAAAGAUGCGGAGCAGGACGCAGCACGAAAGGCCUUGCAUGAGAUUGGUACGCCUUUCGAAAGCGUGGCUGCUGCUUUCAGCACCAUGAAGUCGUCGGAGGAAGUCUGGAUCGAACUGAAGCUUCGGAUUGAAACGGCUUUCUCCAACGAGUGUGUGUUGAACUACAAGCCUUUGAUGGAGCACUUUAGAGCAGCCAUUGUCCGUAGGGGCAAGAGUCAUGCACCCGUGCCAGCCACUGUUCUCGCAUCCCUGGAUACGAAAAUCAUCAGUAUGUGCAAGGCUCUCGAUAACAUCUCGGAUGGCAAUCCAGCCCGCGCACUAGAGCUUGUUUAUAAGGCAGCUAAGGGGUCGUCAGUCUUGGCCUGUGAUGCUAACAUGUGGAUCAGCAGAGUGGAGCCAUUUCCAGCACACGUUAAGAGUGGACUGCUGGAACAGACAACAGAAGCUUCAGUUGCCUCCGAGAAAAUUCACUUUGAUGCGGUCUACAUACCAUUUGCUCUCGACAGGACGGUUUCUGCUAUACGGAUAAAUAUCGAUCCGAGUGACUACUACAUGGAUGUUCUAGCACGUCAGCUCGGCAUCGACGAUGGUGCUCGCGUACUAAUCUCGAGAUCUAUUACCAAGGCUCCCUCUGGGACUCGUUUGUUUUGGCGCCUUGCUGAAAGAGAUGAUAAGAGUUCAGGAGUAAAUAUGCGGGCAAGUACGCUUACUAGCCAUUCUGUGUAUGGUAAUGCUAUUCUCGCUGCUGUCGGCUCUACCUGGAAGUCCGAAGGUCGCCUUUGCUACGACGACGUGUCGUUGGGGUGCUACUACAGGCUAGCUCUUGGAAAAUCUCCAUCUGGAAGCUACAAGCUUUCGAGAGGGGCUCUUUUGACGGCUGAACUUCCACCGACUUUCACAUCAAAAUCGAGGUGGAGAGGCUCGACGCCACGGUCUCUACUAAACGAGUUCUGCCACCAGUCUCACCUUCUGGCUCCGACGUUCUGCUCUUACCCCGUCAAAGGAGACUCAAACGACUCAUGCGCCGGAUAUGAAGAUCACGGUUGCACAGCUGAUACUUCGGACCAGACAGAUCAAGCCGAGAACAAUGGCAACGUAAACGCUGCGCAAGGACCGUUUCUGUGCAAGCUGAGAAUGCUCGUGUGUGGUGCACCGCGGGAAUUCGAGUCCGAGAGGUCAUACAGGAACCGCAACGACGCAAUACAGAGCGCCUGUUUGCAAGCAUUGCUCUACUUCGACACUUCACUCGCUCAUCUCAUGAGUAGCUUGAACCAAAGCUCCGGUGAGGAUGAAACAAGCAAGCAGGCUCUCUUUGAGGUUACUGAAGGAGAAGAGAAGACUUGCGACAGGCCACCUAUCGGCUCCAUGGUUCAUGUGGAGUACAGUGCCAGAUUAUGUGUCGGGGCUGUUGCUAUAAAUGUAGAGAAGCAAAGUGACUUUGAGUUCGAACUGGGCAGUGGGGCUGUGCUUGGCCUUCUCGACACAUGUGUUACUGGCAUGUGUGUUGGUCAGAGUGCUCGCUUCUCUACGCCUUUGCCGUCCGUCGAUUUGCUGCUGGCUACUGAGAAGGUCGACGCAGCUCUUUUCCACGAUGUUCUUCCAGGGAGCUUGUCUCUGGAGUACACCGUUUCGUUGCUAAAAUAUGUGGAGGCUGCUGAAGCCAGGAUGGAGUCCGCCGUGUUUUCACCGCCGCUUUCGAGACAGCGCAUCGAUUUUGCGCUUGAGCUUUUCCAACGGUCGCAAGCUUUAUCCUUGAUCGACUUCGGGUGUGGAUCAGGGAGCUUUUUGGAAGCUAUAGUUGAACAGCCAAACAGCCUGCAGCAUAUAGUCGGUGUGGAUAUCUCCUUGAGAAGCCUCACAAGAGCAUCGAAGUCACUACAAGGAAAGCUAGCGAAACUCCGUGGUGCCCUGGAGAGCGUGACGUUGUAUGAAGGCUCGAUUGUGGAGCCAGAUCACCGGCUCCAUCACUUUGACGUUGCAACUUGCCUAGAGGUGGUCGAGCAUAUGGAUCCGGAACCGUUAUCAAGGUUCGGGAAGAGCAUCCUUGGGAUAAUGCAACCGAAGGUACUGCUGGUGUCGACUCCAAACAUCGAGUACAAUCCAAUCCUCCACGGCAUAGUAACUAGAAAGGAGAAGAGCGAAGGCUUAGAGGAAACUCUAGACGCAAAGAAGGCAGAGGGUGACGAAACUGUCCGGCUUAGAAACGACGACCACAGGUUUGAGUGGACAAGGGCGGAGUUUAGCGACUGGGCCUCGGACUUAGCUUGUACAUACGGCUACUCGGUAGAGUUCUCCGGUGUCGGUGGGACGCCCGGCCAAGAACCAGGUUUCGCUUCGCAGAUGGCAAUCUUUACUAGGAUGGGAACGGGAAUGGGAGUCCGUGAUUCGGAGCAGCCGAAAACGGGCGAGUACUCCACUCUUUGGAGAUGGUCAUCGAAGCGGUCAAUUCUGAUAGCUUCAGCUCGGCUGGACCAGUGUCCGAUUGAAAUCCACGAAUUUGAUACGGAGGUAUGGAUGGAAGUGUUUUUUUUCUUUUCUUCCUUUUGUAACGUGGAGAAAAGCGGCAGGGUUUUCGCGUCAGCGUCGGCGAUAAGCGAGGAAACAGGUGGUGUCUGACUAUGGAUUGACAGGGAGAGAGCAUUGGGGGCGUUUGGUGGAGGAAUGGGACUGCGAGGGAGAAGGGAAAAGAGAGGUGGUGUUUACGUAAGACUUUGCUCGAUCAUUGGCGGCAGCGCUGCACGAUGCUCGGUAAUUAUCUCAUCUGGGGGGCGUUUUUUCAAGCAAAUAAUCUUGGGUCGCUUUCUCGUGCGAAGGCAGCCGUAUGCGAAGGGAUUCCCGGCCGUGAAAAAGAAAAGUUUAAUUGAAAAAACAAAAGGAAAAAACAUGAAGGAAAAAAAGAAAACCGAUUCUAUGA